GGGCGUUAAUAGGUGAGGCCGUGCGUGGGCGGAGACCAGGGGUGUCCGCGUCGCCGGGAGUCUGUGAGGAAUGCGGGGUGACAAGCCCGGGGAGUUAGCCUGUGCGCGCCCUGCUCCCGCCGCCUGAGUGCGCCCCGCACCGGGCUCCGUCGUCCGCCUGCGUCCCCGCCGGCAAGGACUGUUGGGAAGCUCUUGGGGGUUCUCAAGGAAGCGAGGUUGUGGGGAGGCGUCUCCCCCUCCCCUGGUUUGUUAAUGGGCUUUGGUGGCGCAGUGAUUAAGCGUUCGUCUGCUAAGCAAAAGGUCGGUGGUUCAACCCGCCAUCCUCUGAGCAGGAGAAAGACGGGGUAAUCUGCUUCUGUCAAGACUACACCCUUGGAAACUGUGUGGGGCAGUUGUAUCCUACCAGAUGGGUUUGCUGUGAGUCGGGAUUGACUCCAUGGCAAGGGUUUGGCCUUUAGUUUAAUUGUUACAGGACUUUGACGUAGAUGAAGUAGCAGGAAACGUGGAUGGAACUAGUACGCCCGUUUGGAACGAUAGCUAUCCCCACCUCGGGCUGCAAAUAUUUAUUAAGAGGCAUGUUUCCAGGAAUCACUUGGCUCUAAGGCAGAAAUUUCCUCCACAGUUGUGCCAGAGACAAUAUGGCCCACCUGAUGUGGCUGAACGAGGUUGACCUAGAAGACAAGCAGGUAAUAGAGAUCAUAGACCCAGUGUUGCUCUGGGAUCCUAAGCGUAGACAGAGACAGGAUUUGUGCUGGAUUAAAUGCUAAUGAGGCAGCCAUAAUUUCUGCCACCAAAUAGCCGCACUUAAUAGGUUGGAGGCUCCUUGCAGUAAAAACGCGGCACAUUUCCAUUGUAAGAGCAGCAAAUACUGGAAUUGAGGACAGUCUGGGGGGGUGUGCGUUAUGGAUGUGUUGCAGAUAUUUCAGCACGUCCUGGUCAGCUGCAGUGUUGCUGAGAGCUCCUCAUUUUUAAUUUUAGAAAAUGCCCUUAUUUGGAUAAGUAUGAAAUGUGCAGCUAUUGGAAAGGGCACAACUUUGAAUAAGAAAAAGUGAAACUUAAAUUGAUGAGUAACAUGUACAGCAUUUGUAAUAUAAAUAGCGAAUAAGUUUGAGUUUAAAUCGGGUGUUAUAAUGUAGAAAAACCAUAACACAUGUAUAUUGAAUUUGUUGAAGCUAAGAGAAACAAAAGGCUGCUGUUUUAUACAGUGGAAAAGAUAGGAGUGAAUAUAUAGAUAAUGAAGAAUCAAGCAGUAGCUGCAGGUAUUUGAAAAUAAAAAUGUGUAGUUUUGAUUGUCCUGUUUGAGAAAUCUUUGCUAACUCCAAAGUCAUUAGCGUAAUCUGUAUUUGUAAAAUUUAGAAUUGGGAUUUGCAGGAGUUGCUGUUAUGAGAGCAGUCUUGUUAUCUUCUUUCAGUGCUACGAACCACUUACUCCAGAUCCAUUUAUUUGAAGAGUCUAUUUUUCUUCUCUGCGUUUUCUCAAAUGUGAUUUUAUUCCUUUAGGUUAUCACUGCCUGGGAUUGGCAUUUAAUCUUUGUAAUGCCCACAUACAUGAUAACAAUCCCAUGUGAAACGAAAGCCAAUAUAUUUUAUUUUUGGUAACAAGGGUUACAUAAUCAGAAUUCUGUGUAGUUCUCUACGCAGAGAGGAAGAAAGGAUCUCAACAGGAAAAAAAAAUGUAAAUUGCAAAAUUGAUAGGAAAAAUACCGAUGACAUUUUACAGUGAUGUAAAUGAAAUGAGAAUUAAAAAUCAGCACAUAAUAAAAAAUCAAGGACUCAUAAUAGGUUUAUUAACCAGUCUUGAAAAAUAUGUUGUUCCUUUCAAUUCACCUAUGUUGAUAUCAAGUAUAUAUGUCUAUCUGGAUUAAUAAGAAGCAGAGAUUCCCAGGUAAAGCCACAGUCUGAACCUUGGGCCUCUGACACUCUGUGGAAAUCUGGUUCAAAUAUUGUAGCCUGGCCAGCUAUGGAUGCCUCCCAUGCUGUGGCAUGAGGAAAUUGCUUCAUUAGUGAUUUCCUUUCCAUAUAGUUGAAAUCUAUAGAGCUGUAUGAAGAAUGCAAGUACUACCAAGGUGGAGCAAUGCCUUAGCCUGGGAGGAAGUCCUUCCCAGGGAAAGAGCUAAAGCCAAAAACCUGUCACUCCCUACAUACCUCAAUAAUGUGUCUCCCACCCUGCCCCCUGUCUUCUUCCAUUUCAGGUCCCAGGUGUGACUCAAGAAGAACUGAUCCUGUUUAGGCAGCGUGGAACCUGGGACUACCAUCUUACACAUCUGUAAAUCACCAGUAGCCAUUUGAACUGCUGACUGCCUGUGUAGACCAAACAUUAUUCAUCUGCUUCCAGACUGUUUAGUGGCGUUGCUUCCACUCUCAUUCCUCUUGCCUUAACUGCUUCUUGGGCUGUGUAGAGGACAUUCACUUGGACUUGGAGAGGCUGAAGGCAGGAAAUGGAUUCAGUGGUGUUUGAGGAUGUGGCCGUGGACUUUACGCAGGAAGAAUGGGCUUUGCUGGAUUUUGCUCAGAGGAAACUCUACAGAGACGUGAUGAUGGAAACCUUCAGAAAUCUAGCCUCGAUUGUUCCUCAACAGGCUGAUAAAGGACAAGUGAUGUCCAGUGACCAUUUAACAAUGCGAUUCAUGAAGGAUAAUUCCUGGUGCAGCAUGUUAGGAGAAACUUGUGAAUUCCAUGGCAUUGAAGAGCAGUGUAACAACCAAGGGAGGCAUGUGAGAUGGCAUAUAGAUGAGAACCUCCAUGAAAGUAAAGAAUGGAAAGAAAAGGAAGGGAAAGAAGGUAAUCAGUCUGGAAAACCUUUCAGCAAGACUGCAUGUCUUACCAGGCUCAAAAGAACUCUUCCUAGAGAAAAUCUUUGUAAAUGGUGUGAGUGUGGAAAAGCUUUCAAGUAUCAUUCUUCACUUAAACAUCACAUCAGGUCUAAUCCUGGAUGCGAUACCUAUCAGUGUAACAAAUGUGGAGUGGCCUGUAGUUGUUCCUCUUACCUAAACACUCAUGGAAAAACUCUUCCUGUAAAGAACGUUUCUAAAUGUAAGGAAUGUGGGAUCCCUUGUAGUUGUUCCUCAUUCAAUACACAUGAAAAAACUCAAAGUAGAGAUAGACCUAAUGAAUGUAAGGAAAUUGAGAAAGCCUUUGGUCAGUUCUCAGCCCUCACUGAACAGAAAAAAAUUCAAAGUGGAAGGCAACACUAUGAUCCUAACGAAGAUAUGAAUACCUUUACUUCUACCUCAUCUCUCAGUAAACAUAUUAAUAUGGACAGUGGCGAGAGGCCUCAUGAAUGUAAGGAAUGUGGGAAAGCAUUUAGUAAGUCCUCAAAGCUGACUGCCAAUUUAAGAACUCACAAUGGAGUAAAGGCUGAUGAAUGUAAGGACUGUGGGAAAGCCUGUAGUUGUGCCUCACGCCUCAGUGCACAUGUCAAAACUCACAGUGGUGAGAGGCCUUAUAAAUGUAAGGAAUGUGGGAAAGCCUUUAGUUGUUCCUCAUCCCUUACAACACAUACAAGGAGUCACAGUGGAGAAAGGCCAUACGAAUGUAAGGAUUGUGGAAAAGCCUUUAGGCAGUCCUCAAACCUAUUGAAUCAUGUAAGAACUCACAGGGGUGAGCGGCCUUAUGAAUGUAAGGAAUGUGGGAGAGCCUUUAGCCAGUCCUCACACCUGAUUAAUCAUAUAAGAACUCACAGUGGAGAACGACUUUAUGAAUGUAAGGAAUGUCCAAAAACCUUUAGCCGAUCCUCGCACCUGAUCAACCAUAUAAGAACUCACAGUGGAGAGCGGCCUUACGAUUGUAAGAAAUGUGGAAAAUCUUUUUGUGAUUUCUCAAGCUUCACUAGACAUAUAAGAACUCACAGUGGAGAGAGGCCUUACAAAUGUAAGGAAUGUGGAAAAGCCUUUACACAGUCCUCAUCUCUCACUCAACAUAAAAGAACUCACAGUGGAGAGCGACCUUAUGAAUGUAAGGAAUGUGGGAAAGCAUUUAGUCGGGUCUCAAACCUCAUCAGACAUAUAAAAACUCACAGUGGAGAGAGACCUUAUGAAUGUAAGGAAUGUGGGAAAGCCUUUAUUUGUGCCUCACACCUCACUAUACAUUUAAGAACUCACAGUGGAGAGAGACCUUACAAAUGUAAGCAGUGUGGGAAAGCAUUUACUUGUGCCUCAUCUCUCACAAUACAUAGAAGAACUCACAGUGGAGACAGGCCUUACGAAUGUAAGGAAUGUGGGAAAGCCUUUAGUUGUUCCUCAUCCCUCACAACACAUACAAGAACUCACAGCGGAGAGAGGCCUUACAAAUGUAAGGAUUGUGGAAAAGCCUUUAGGCAGUCCUCAAACCUACUGAAUCAUAUAAGAACUCAUACUGGUUAACAGCCUUACGAAUUUAAGGAAUGUGGGAGACCUAUAGCCAGUCCUCACACCAGAACAAUCAUAUAAGAACUCACAGCGGAGAACGGCUUUAUGAACGUAAGGAAUGAGGGAAAUCCUUUAGGCAUGCCCUCUGUUUCACUUAUGAUACAAGAACUCACAGUGGAGAAAGGCGCUAUGAAUGCAAGGAAUGAGGGAACAUCUUCAUUUCUCUGUCUCUGCCACUUGAAAACAUGAGAAAUUUCAUUGAGGAGAAAUAUAUAUUGCACAAAUGACCAGCCCUAUGAAUGUCAAAGACAUGGGGUCCUUUGGAGUGUGUUCUUCCUUCAUACCUCUGUAACACCUGACACACUGUAGAGACUCUGGGACUAGAAGCAAAGAACAUCUUCAUUUGUAGCACAUGACUUUGGAUGAGUAUCAAAAUAUUAAUUUGGUUCUGUUAUACUAAAAUUGCUUUUAGUACUAAAUCUCAUCAACCCUUGCUGUGUAGACUUUUGUGGUUUCUUUUUAUUCUACUAUGUUUUUAAUGUUUUUAUUACUUUUCACUUUAUAAAGCAAUAUGUUCUUGAUGGGAAAAAAUUGGAUAUUAACAGAAAUUUGGAAUGAAAAGCAGAACUCAUAAUUCCACCACUCAUUAUUUUGGGUAUUUUAAUCUGUUUUAUACAUACAGCAGUCAUUUCUUAAAGAAUCUGCACUAUACAUUGUGUGUAAUGUUGUAUUAAAGUUUUUUUCAUUGCUUUUUUUAAUCUUCCACAACUGUUACAAUCCUUACUUUACUAAUGGGAAAACUGCACAGAAAAUUUUAACCCACAUCCCACCAUCUCACAAAAAUGUCCCUCUCAGAUCUGCUGUGAGCAGCCAUUCAGUUGAAAAGGAGUAUCCUUGGGGGUGUGGUCCUCAUCAAAUAUAACUGGACUCUCUGGCGAGGCUCCUGGACCUUUGGUCACUCUACAUCAUGCAUCUGGCCCCCGUUCCUCUGACCUCUGGUUCUUGGGACUUAAGCUAGCAGUUUACCUGACAUCUUGCCUGCCGACCUUGGGAUCUGUCAAUCUUUGCAGCCUGUGAACAAAAGCACUGCUGUCUGACUUACUGAUCUUGGGCUCACCAGCCCCUGUGGCUACAUGAAUCAGGAGAAGCCCCCAGCCUGACCCAUGGAUUUGGGUCCAUUUGGUCCUCUACAACUACUUGCGCCCUUUCCUUUAUAUAAAAUGUCUCUACAUAGAUAUUUAUACACUUCACUGGUUUUGCUUCUCUUAAAAAAAAAAAAAAAAAAACGCCCAUCUCAAAUGGUAUUGUGAGAAUGAGAAUUUUCAUUGGAGGAGGGCUCACAUUGAAGAUACAUGGAGAUGGUGGACCUGCACAGACCCACAGCCUAAUCUAGAUGCAGUGGAACUUGUGUCAGACUCAACAGAACUAGUAUUUGAAAGUCCUAGUGUUGGGAAUUUUGUGGUUCAAGGAGAGUACACUAGGCAAGGAGUUGAGGCUGUAGUUGCUGAACUGGGCUGGACUGGUGGCUGUUUCUCCACUUGGGGUGCACAUCUCCUUUAAGACCUAGAGGUUUAUACCGAGCUCCUCUGCCCCACAGUUAACUGAGAUCUUCUUCCUUGACUUCUCAUGUAAGGAGUUUGGGAAAUGGUGGCCGUAGGUAGCAAAAGCCUUCAAAUUAGGCCUCCCAUUGGCCCAAAUGCCCUUUCAGAAUCAUUUUUUUGGAAAUCCUUAGGCAACAUAAUGUACUUUGAUAAUAGUGCUACGUUGUGGAAAUAGUGAAACAAGGGAAACGGUGUCAGAGUCCAGUGGGAAGGGAGUUUUUAGAUAAAUGCCUGGCUACAUGUCAAAGUGUUGUACUGCACUAGAUGAAUUUCUUCAGAAAAAUUCAGUCCACAGAGGUAAAGCACUCAUAGUUGAACAUGUGGUACACUGGGUAUAAAAUAUUGUGUACGUGACGGCCAUUUUAUGCAAAAUGUAUAUGUACAGACAAAUCACCUUGUAGAGAUCUGUCCUAAAGGUGACACUAAGUAAUUUCCUUAGUCAUAUAACUAGCACCACAAUGAAAAUAUAAAACAGCUCCAUCUCUCAUCCAAAAAAUUGCUGGUGUUCCCACUUCUCAGUCAUGAAUCUCUGACACUUGUGCAUAUACACGUCGCACUGUAUGUGUGUUUUAGAUUCUGGGCCCUGUAUUUAGUGUGAAUGGAUUUCAUAUUCAUCCAUGUAGAUGAACUUACGGACAGUUUGUUCUUUUUUACUACUUUAUAGUAUGUUCAGCCCUACCACAGUUUGUAUAUUCAUCAGGUUAAGAGUAUUUGAAUUUCCACUUUUCAGUUCUUUGACUUUUUAAAUAAAACUGAUAUAAAACGUUCACGCAAUGAGUUUAUGUAAACAUAAAGUUUCAUUUUUCUCAUGUCCCUAUGAGUGGAAUUGGUGUGUUACGGUAAGUGUAUGAUUACCUUAAUAAGAAACAUCCCAUCUGUUUUUCAGAGGGGCUGUACCACUUUAUAUUCAGCCAGCAGUGUAUAAUUCCAGGUGCUGCUGGGAACUGGAGAGUCUACUUCUAGAGCCAUAAAACACACUUCUCUUUGCCUCUGUUUUCAGAGGAGGGAUUUGGGUUGGCUGCUCACCUGAUAAGCAUUCCCACAUUUGUGAGGAUAGUACAUGGAAGGUAGCACCUGGAUUAGUCCCUUCCUCCUGCAGUGUCCUUCAUUGUCCCCCAUACACUGGUAAGUGGCAGGAGAGAAAUAACAAUGCACAGCUCCUUUAUCACAGAUCAGGCAAAAAUAGGGUAUCUGUAGCAGAAGCAAUACAUUGACAACCAGGACGAUGCUAAAUAUGUGGCUUUUUGUUUUCUCAGUCUUUUGUCAGUGAUAAACCAGCUCCCAGCAACGCCAAAGUUUCUGUUUUGGUGCCCAACCUGUUCCCCCUUCCCAUGGGAACUUAAAGUGUCCAUCUCUGUGCCUGUUUUCCUCUCCUACUGACUCUAAAUAUCUUCUCUGACACCAAUGCACUGAAAAUGUAACUCUUCCAACUCCAACCGACUGAAGCAACGGCUGAUCUGACAAGUGAAAGGGCACAGUUCUAGAAUGCCCCAUGUGCCCAAGAUUAUAGACACCCACUAAAAUUUAGGGGCUCCUGGAGUCACCCAGGCGUCCAACUCACUGGCUGAAAUUUAGUUGUUUCCCUACCCCCUUAAGUUCAAUAAUUUGCCAAAAUGAUGCAGAAUGUAAGAAGAACUGUACUUACAGUUUUAACAUAGCAAAAGGAUACAAAUGAGGACGAGCAUAAAGCAGAACUGCACGCGGUGAGGUUUGGCAGAAUGUAAAUGCAGUGUUCCCGUGUCUCAUGCGUGCCUACUUCCCUCCUCCCAUCUAUGCGUUUGCCUCAAAGAUACAGAGGGUUCCAGACCACAGCAAGAAAGAAAUUAUUGCAAUAAAGUGAGUCACGCAAAUUUUUUCCCCAGUGCGUGUGAAGAUUAGGUUUACACUAUACUGUAGUCUGUACAAUACCAUUAAGCUUAAGAAGAAACAAUGUGCAUACCUUAGUGAAGACAUACAUUAUCGCUAACAAAUGUUCACCAUCAUCUGAGCCUUCACAGUGUUGUAGUCUUUUUUGCCGUUAUAGGUUGUUGCCGCAGUGUUGAUGGCUGCUGAAUGAUCAGGGUAGUGGUUCCUGAAGCUUGCGGUGGCCAUGGCAAUUACUUAGAAUAAGACAACAGUGAAGUUUGCCACAUCAGUUGACUUUUUCUUUCACAAAAGAUUUCUCUAUAGAAUGCGAUCCUGUUUGAUAGCAUUUUUACCCACAGUAGAACUUCUUUCAAAAUUGGAGCCAGUCCUCUAAAACCCUGCAGCUGCUUUAACAACUAAGUUUAUAUGAUAUUCUAAAUCCUUUGUUAUCAUUUCAACAGUGUUCACAGUAUCUUCACCAGACUAGAUUCUACCUCAAAAAACUUCUUUCUUCAUCCAUAAAAAGCUACUUUUCAUCCGCAAAAGUAUUCUCAUGACAUUUCAGCAAUUCAGUCACAUCUUCAGGCUCCACUUCUAACUUUAGUUCUCUUGCUAUUUCCACCACAAGUACAGUUACUUUCUCCAUUCAAGUCUUGAACCCCUCAAAGUCAUCCAUGAGGGUUGGAAUCAACUUCUUCCAAACUCCUGUUAUUGUUGAUAUUUUGAUCUCGUCCCAUUAAUCAGGACUGUUAUAAAUGGCAUCUAGAAUGGAGCUUUCUUUCCCAAAGGUUUAUAGUGUUGCCCACAUCCAUCAGAGCAAUCGCUGUCGAUGGCAGCUAUAGCCUUACAAAAUCUAUCAGUAAAAUGUAAACGCUGGAAUUAACUCCUUGGUCUACAGGCUGCAGAAUGGAUAUGUGCUAGCAGGCGUGAAAACAACAUUGAUCUUGUACCUCUCCAUCAGAGCUCUCGAGUGACCAGGUGCAUUGUCAAUGAGAGUAAUAUUUUCAAAAGAAUCUUUUUCUAAACAGUAGGUCUCAACAAUGACCUUAGGAUACUCAGUAAACCAUGUUGUAAGUAGAUGCGCUGUCAUACAGGCUUUGUUGUUCCAUGUGUAGAACACAGGCAGGGUAGAUGUAGUAUAAUUGUUAAGGGCCCUAGGAUUUUCAGAAUAGUAAAAGAGCAUUGGUUUCAAGUUAAAGUCAACAAUGGCAUUAGCCCCUAAUAAGAGAGUCACCCUGUCCUUUGAAGCCAGGCAUUGACUUCUGUCAACCUAUGAAAGUCCUAGAUAGCAUCUUCCAAUAUGAGACCGUUUCAUCUUUAUUGAAAAUCUGUUGUUUACUGUACCUACUUUUGUCACUUAGCUAGCUCUUCUGGGUAGCUUGCUGCAGCUCCUCCAUCAGCUCUUCCUCACCCAGCACUUGUACGUUGUAGAGACAGCUUCUUUCCUUCAUAAACCAGCGUCUGUUAGGGUCAGACUUUUCUUCCGCAGCCAACUCGUAUCUCUCUUAGCCUUCAUAGAAUUGAGGAGAGUUAGGGAUUUGCUCUGGAUUAGGCUUUGGCUUAAGGGAAUAUCGUUGCUGGUUUGAUCUCUCCAGACCACUAAAACGUUCUGCACAUCAGUAAAAAGGCUGUUUUGCUUUCUUAAUCAUGUGUACGCUGGAGUAGAACUUGUAAUUUCCUUGAAGAACUUUGCCUUUGCAUUCACAACUUGGCUGCUUGGUGCAAGAGGUCUUUCUUUAGGUCUGCCUCGGCUUAAUCAUUUUUAGUUUUUGAUCUAAAGAACAGAGACAUUCAAUUUUUCCUUUCAGUUGAACACUUACAGGAAUUGUUUUAAGUGCCAUUGAGUCAGUUCCAACUCACAGCGAUCCUAUGUACAAGAGAACUAAACACUGCCCUGUCUUGAGCCAUCCUCAUAAUUGUUACUGUGCUUGAGCCCAUUGUUGCAAGCCUCUGCCUCAGUCCGUCUCGUCGAGGGUCUUUUCUUUUUUUGUUGACCCUCUACCAAGCAUGAUGUCCUUCUCCAGGGAUGGAUCCUUUCUGAUAAAGUCAAAAGUAUGUGAGACGAAUUCUCGCCAUCGUUGAUUCUAAUGAACAUUUUGACUACUUUCUUAAGAGAUUUUUUGGUUCCUCUGGCGGUCUGUGUUAAAUUCAAUAUUCUUCUUCAACACCUUAAUUCAAAGGCAUCAAUUCUUUGGUCUAACUUCGUCAUCGUCCACGUUUCACAUGUAUAGGAGGCGAUUCAAAAGACCACUGAUUGGGUCAGGUGCACCUUAGUCUGUAAAGCGAUAUUUGCCUUUUAACACUUUAAAGAUCUUUUGCAGCAGAUUUGCCUGAACUAUUUUAGUUUAUGUAAGUAUACAUUGAGUGACUUACACCUCUGUGGUUUGAGGUCAUUAGAGAAAUAUAUAUAACAGUUACAUUGUCUCAUUUUGGAAGGACAUUAAGUGCUAGAGUAUCCAAGUGAGUAAAUGACAAGAUCAGGGUUCAAAAGAAGACCUAGAGUGAGCCAUGCUUUCUUAUCUUAGCGCUAGUAUUUGAGCAUCCUUCAGGUGCCUGGGCCUCUAGUCUCUAGGUGUAAAAGGACCAAAAGCCAAGUCCUAACCCUCAUGGGUAUGGAAAGCAAAACAUUCCGACAAAUAACGCACGCAAAUACUUAAACGCAGCAUUCCUAACCAAAACCACCCAAGAACUCACUGCUGUUGAGGCCAUUUCAACUCUUGGUGACCCUGUACGACACAGUAGAACUGCCCUGUAGGGUUUCCAAGGCUUACAGAAGCAGGCUGGCACAUCUCUGUCCUGUGGAGUGGCUGGUAGGUCCGAACAGCCAAUCUGUUGCUUAGCAGCCAAUGACUUUAAUCACUGCACCACCAGGGCUCCACUAAAAGGUUGGCAAAGACGUCAGAAGUAAGGCCGGGCAAUCUACUUCUGAAAGUUCACAGCCUUGAAAACACUAUAGAGUGCAGUCAUACCGUGCAUAUAUGGGGUUGUAUGUGUCAGUCUCAACUACUCAAGUGACCACAGGAUGGAAAAACGGUCUGAGGCAAGAUAGCCAUCGCACUGAGCCCUGCUACCGGCAUCUGGUCCUGCCACAGCGAGACUCAAGGCUCAACUGAGUCUUCCAAGGAAGAAACUACCAGCUCCUCGUAUCCCAGCUGGAAGGAGAGCCCGCCCUUUGGUCUCCUCGAAUGAGGGGACACGCCCCCCGGAAGUGGAUAUGCGCUUCCGGACGUACAGCCCUUAGCCUGUGGCCACCUGACUGGCGUCUGUAGCUGCGUCUGAGCUUGGUUUUUGCCCAUAUUGAGGCCCUGCCCAACCGUGCAGGAGCCGAGGGUCUGAAAAGGAAGGUGUGGGACAAGGGGCGCGCCCCCAACCCGGCAGAGGCACGCAGUCUCGGCUGCUCCUUCCUCCCGCUG